AUGCACAUACAUGCAGGUCUCACCACAGGUAAACGAUCGCGCCAGCCAGUAACGGCGACAGCUGCCGCUGGCCAGUCACGACCCAGUCGCCUCUUCUAUAUCAGUGACAAGGCGAGCAGCCUCCGUUUCCUUGUCGAUACUGGUGCCGAGAUUUGUGUGAUCCCUUCUCCAAGGCGCCACCAUCUCAAGCCUUCGCAGUUUUCAUUGCAGACUGCCAACAGCACCACCAUCAACACUUAUGGUCAACGGUCGCUCACACUUGACAUCGGUCCUCGGCGACGUUUCCAGUGGGUCUUUGUGCAGGCCGACGUCAAAUCUCCCAUUGUUGGGGCAGAUUUCCUGACUCAUUUUGGCCUUGCAGUCGACCUCAAGCCCCGCAAACUCAUCGAUACCACAACCACACUCUUUACCGCCGGGAUUGCUGCUUCUGAACCCUCGGUUAGCAUCCAGUUGACCGUACCAAGCUCACCCUUCGCUGACAUUUUGAAGGACAACUCGUCCCUCACUAAACCCAAUCAGUUCACUGGGGAGGUUCAGCAUACGGUUAAACACCACAUCAUCACCACGGGGCAACCUGUUUACGCUCAUCCUCUCCGUCUUCAUCCCGAAAAACUUCGGAUAGCAUAUGAUGAACCUAGGAAUUAUUCGUCCUUCCUCCAGCCCAUGGGCUUCUCCCCUCCACAUGGUACCCAAGAAAUCCACUGA